UCGGGGCGGCGCCCCGGGGGUCGGGGUCUGGGGCGGGGCUAAGUGCGGGGAGGAAGUCACCCUCUUCGUAUCCGCUCACUGAGGCCGUAGUGGCCACCGACUCCGACGUGCGACAGUCAUGUUGCCCAACACGGGGAAGCUAGCAGGAUGUACUGUCUUCAUCACAGGCGCGAGCCGUGGCAUUGGCAAAGCUAUUGCUUUGAAAGCAGCAAAGGAUGGAGCAAAUAUAGUCAUUGCUGCAAAGACCGCCCAGGCACACCCCAAACUUGCAGGCACAAUCUAUAGUGCUGCUGAAGAAAUCAAAGCAGCUGGAGGAAAGGCCUUGCCAUGUGUUGUUGAUGUGAGAGAUGAACAGCAAAUCAGCAGUGCAGUGGAGAAAGCAGUUGAGAAAUUUGGAGGAAUUGAUAUUUUGGUGAAUAAUGCCAGUGCUAUUAGCUUGACCAACACAUUGGAAACACCUACAAAGAAAGUGGAUUUGAUGAUGAACGUCAACACCAGAGGCACCUAUCUUACAUCUAAAGCAUGCAUUCCUUAUUUGAAAAAGAGUAAAAUUGCUCAUAUCCUCAAUCUCAGCCCACCGCUGAACCUAAAUCCACUGUGGUUCAAACAGCACUGUGCUUACACCAUUGCUAAGUAUGGUAUGUCUCUGUGUGUGCUUGGAAUGGCAGAAGAAUUUAAAGGUGAAAUUGCAGUCAAUGCAUUGUGGCCUAAAACAGCCAUACACACUGCUGCUAUGGAUAUGCUGGGAGGAUCUGGUAUCGAAAGCCAAUGUAGAAAAGUUGAUAUCAUUGCAGAUGCUGCAUAUUGCAUUUUCAAAAAGCCAAAAAGUUUUACUGGCAACUUUAUUAUUGAUGAAAAUAUCUUAAAAGAAGAAGGAAUAAAAAAUUUUGAUGUCUAUGCCAUUACACCAGGCCAUCCUUUGUUACCAGAUUUCUUCCUGGAUGAACAGCCAGUUAUAGUUACCAAGAAACCGGAAACACAUGAAUUGAAAGAAGAGGAGGCGCAGCCAUCACCAAAACCACGUUCUGGAGCUGUGGAAGGAACAUUUAGAAUUGUUAAGGACUCUCUCAGUGAGGAUGUUGUUAAAGCCACUCAAGCAAUCUAUCAGUUUGAACUCUCAGGUGAAGAUGGUGGAACAUGGUUUCUUGAUCUUAAAAGCAAGGGUGGCAAUGUCGGAUAUGGAGAGCCCUCUGAUCGGGCAGAUGUGGUGAUGAGUAUGUCUACUGAUGAUUUUGUAAAAAUGUUUUCAGGGAAACUAAAACCAACAAUAGCAUUCAUGUCAGGAAGAUUGAAGAUUAAAGGAAACAUGGCCCUAGCAAUCAAAUUGGAGAAACUAAUGAAUCAGAUGAAUGCCAGGCUGUGAAGAGAAAAAAAAUGUUGACUGCUAAGCUCAAAAAGUAAAAGGGUUCAAUAGUUAAAAUUGAAUGUUUGUUUUCAUCCCUAUUAUAUUAUAAGGAUAUGCAUGUUUGUUCUAGAAAAAAUAGAAUUUCUGUAUCUGUAAGAGUUGAAAUUGUAAUUAAAACAGCUAGCCAACCAAACAUAAGCAUCAUUAAGUAGAAUUCUAAGACAUUCUGUUUUUCUUAUUUUGUGAGUUUUGCCCUCUGAGUCCUGUAUCUCAUACACCAUCAUCUUCUGGGAAAAGUAUUAUUAGUAAUCAAUCAGGGUCAAGCAGCAACAUUACUCUUUUAUAUCUUUUUCCCAUGUAAAAUGAGACUAGUCUGUUUUAAACUUUUCAGUUUAGGAUUGUAUACUAAUGAUAUUUUAGAUUUUUAUAAAUUUGUUUUAAAGAAAAUCUUCUAUAUUACAUUUUCACAGAAAUCACAUAAUAAACUACUUAAUAAAUACUAUUUGUGAAGACAAAUUAAACAAAAAGUAUAUUUUGUUAACUACCUUUCUAAGUGUAAGGUAUUUUACCUAUAGGAAAAUAUUAUUCAUGUAAUUCAACUAACUGCAGUAUAUAUAUCCUAUUUUAAAGUAUGUAAAAAUAUCUAUCCUAAGAUAAUUCCUCCCCAAAAGUGUGCACUUGGUCACAGUGUUUUGAAAUGAGAACAUUAGAAUAGAUGGUUGUUAUGGGCUGAAUGGUAUGCCCCCUUCAUAUGUUGAAGUUCUAACCCCCAGAAUCUCAGAAUUGAUUGUAUUUGGAGAUAAGAUCUUUAAAGAGGUAAGUUAAAACCCAGGCUUUUAGGGUAGGGUGGGCCAUAAUCCAGUCUGACUGAUGUCCUUAUAAGAGGAAAUUUGGACACAAAAGAGAGACCAAGGAGGCACACACUAGGAAUGACCUAGUGAGGUCUAGUGAGGAAUGACCAUGUGAGGACCAGCAAGAAGGCAGUCAUUUGCAAGCCAAGGAAAGAGGCCUCAGAAGAAACCAAACCUACUGACACCUUGAUCUCAGACUAGUCUCCAGAAUUGUAAGAAAUUUCUGUUGCUUUAGCCACUCAGUCUGUGGUAUUUUGUUAUUGCAGUCCUAGUAAACUAAUGCAAUAGUUUGUUUGUA